AUGCCCAUGGUUUGGAACGACACAGCUGAUGUCAAGCUCUUCAUGGCUGUCCUGUCCACCACCAACCCCAAGCUGAACUACCAGCAGCUCGCCGACAUCAUGGGCCCGGGCUGCACUCCAAGUGCCAUCCAGCACCGCAUCCAGCGCCUCAAAGCCAUGGUCGCCAACAACGACAACGCCACAACCAACAACGGCACCAACACCAAUGCCGAGGAAGCCACCGAGCUCGCCACCACCACUUCAGUCCCCUCCAGCCCGGAGCAGGCCAAGAAGAAGCGCGGCCGUCCUGCCAAAAAGACCAAGGAUACUGACGAGCCUGCUCCUAAGAAAGUCAAGAAGGCCGUCGCGAAGAGAACCAAGAAGGCUAAGGCUACGGCUGACUCUGAUGAGACUGAGGAAGCCUAA